ACAGAAAGCGUCUUUGUUUACAUGCGAUGUUGCCUAGCAACUCGUUAUUCUAGAGAAACAAGAUGGCGGACACCGAGGCUCCAGACGACGGUGCUUACUAUUUGGACCAGGUCACCAUCACAGAAGACCUGGAUGAUGACUACAGGUAUGAGGAGGUGUCAGUGGAUGAGGAGACCAUCGCAGAAGGAGAUGAGGACUUGGAUGCAGCCGUGAGAGUGAUUGAGGAGGCAGCACAGGACAUAAAGGCUGCAUUGCGUAGAGAAGGUGCUCCUGGCCCGACUGUUAUCGAACGUCCGGAGGUUGUGGAUGAUUUUGUGCGUAACUAUCUCCUGAAGAUGGGCAUGAGGAAGACUCUGGAAUGCUUCCAGACUGAGUGGUAUGAACUUCAACAGAAGGGUCUCCUAAGGGAAGAGGAUAUACAGCCUGUCCCUGAUGUGUACUCCAGAAACCAGCAGCUGGACGACCAUGUCAAACUUCUCAGGAAGGAAGUGGACAAGUUCAAGGAUGCUGCCAACAAAGCCAAGGACAUGUAUGUGAAGCUGCGUAAGGAGAGAGAUUUCCACCGCAUGCACCACAAGAGGGUGGUACAGGAGAAGAACAAGCUUGUCACCGAUAUCAAGAGGCUGAAGAAACACUACGCCUCCUACGAGCCCACCCUCCGUCAGCUCAAACACAAGUAUGAGACGGCCAUGAAGGAGAAGAUGUUGUCCAAACUGGAGAGAGACAGGGCCGUGGGACAGGUGAGUGGACUCCAGGCCACCUUGAAGAACAUUGAGACAGGCAGGGGAGAGCCAGUCUUUCUUCAAGGAGUCCAUAGUUCCCGUGAGUUGGCCAAGGCAGGGAUAGGGCCCACGCAGCAGAGCCUGCGCCAGGCUAGGAACAUCGAGGGUCUGCCGGGCUACGAUCCCAGUAAGGACCCCACCAGGAGCGAGUUUAAGAGACAUCCCAAGGACACAGAGUUCCCUAUGGACAACAGGGUCAAUCCCUACUUGACCAGUCAAAAAACACCCACUGGACAUCUGACCAGGACCGGUGGAUUCCGACUGACCAACACCCUGCAUGCUCACCAACUGGCCAUCAGCAACCUGGCCCUGCACCCUCGUAAAGAGAUCCUGGUCACCACCAGUGACGAUCACAAUUGGAAGAUGUGGGCCAUCCCUAACGGGGAUGUCAUCAUGACAGGAGAGGGUCACGAGGACUGGGUGUCGUCAGCUGACUUCCAUCCAAGUGGAACCAAGCUAGCCACGACUGCAGGAGACAGUACAGUGAAGGUGUGGGACUUUGCCAAGACUGAAUGUACCGUCACAUUCGCAGAACACACACAUGCAGCCUGGGACUGUGCCUGGCACUGGACUGGGGACUUCCUGGCGUCUUGUUCCAUGGACAACACGUCGAAGGUGUGGGACCUGAACAGCGAGAGGUGUCGCUACACACUGCGCGGUCACGCGGACUCUGUCAACAGUAUCGUGUUCUUGUACUACUCUAACACUCUCUGCACGGGCUCCGCUGACAAGACUAUCUCUCUGUGGGAUGCCAGAACGGGACUGUGUGCUCAGACUUUCUAUGGCCACAUGCACUCUGUCAACAAUGUGACCUUCAACCUUAGGGGUGACACCAUUGCGUCCUGUGACUCGUAUGGCGUACUGAAGCUGUGGGACGUGCGGGCCAUCGCUACCAUCACCAGCGUGGACCUGGGACCGCACCCUACCAACAGGGUGGCCUUUGACCCAUCUGGGCAAGUUCUGGCCGUCGCCAGUAAUGAUGGAACUGUCAAGAUGUUUGAAGUCGCCUCUGGACAGGUCAGCUCUCUAACUGGACAUGAAGACGCCGUGCAGGCGGUGGUGUUUGACAGGAAAGGAGAAUAUCUCGUGUCAGGCGGCUCGGAUGGGACCGUACGCAUCUGGUCAUAAUCUGGACACCAGCAUUUAUCCCAAUACACUUGUACAUUUAAGGCUGUUUCAUGUGAUAAGUUGAGAAGGGGACAAUAAAAUGGGCACCCCCUUCCAUAAUAUUUUGUCUAACCAAGGAGGUUUAAAAGUUUAUUCAAAACCUUCUUGGUCUGACCCUGACCUC